GCCGUGGAUGCCUUCUUUGUGCAGAUCAAUCUGAUCUACAAGCGCGUCUGUGUGCCCUGCAACUGCAAUGGCAAAUCCGAUCAGUGUGAUCCUCAGACGGGCCACUGUCUGAAUUGCAAACACAACACUGCUGGGCCGCACUGCGACCAAUGUGCGCCUGGAUACUACUUGGAUCCAGGCUCCGACAGCUGUCAGCCCUGCGAGUGUCCUUCACUUCAAAAUCAGCAUACCAACUCCUGUGUAGCCAUUCCUGGCAAUCAGGAAUCCGGGGGCAAACCCUAUGCCUGUCUUGACUGCGAGAAUAACACCCGGGGAAGGUUCUGUGAGUCCUGUGCCCCCUUCUUCUACGGCAACCCUCUGCUGGGCCAACCCUGUCGCGAAUGUGACUGCGGCUACGCCGCCAUUGGCUGCGAUCCAGUCACGGGGGCCUGCGAGUGCGGCUAUUACACCGCAGGACCACGCUGUCUGGAAUGCGAACCCGGCAGCUACGGAGAUCCCCUGAUCGGAGAACCCUGCAAACGUAGGUGUCCUUGA